AGGCCUUCUCUCGCCAACGGACGAGUCGCGGGUUUAGAUGCGCUGCUUCGCGUGCUGGGCGCUCGCGACGGAUGUCUGAGUCGACUCAAAAGUCGCCUGGGCGCGCGCAAUGGGUCUAGAUUCUUCUGAGCCGGCAGAACUCGCGUCGUAGGCUCACAACGAAACGAGCCGCGGAUUUAAAUGCGCUGCUUCGCAUGCUGGGCGCGCGCGAUGGAUCUCAUUCCGCUCCCCUCGCCAUUGUCACAUUCACUCGCGUCACCUCCGGCCCGCCUUCGACCAUGGCUCUCCCCUCCAGGUCGACUGGCGGUCACAGCAACAAUCGGCAGGGUCGUCAGAGUCAACAGAAUCAGCGAAGGCAUCAGAGUGAGCCGAAUAAAGGAGGGCAGCAGAAUGAGCCGGCGCAACGCGCUAACCUCGUCUCCUCUCUUCUCGCCACCAUCCAGCCGCCCCUCUGGCUGCGCCAACGCUGGCGUAUUUUUCCGCCCCUCCCCCUGCGCCUCCCGACGCCCCUCCCCCUGCCUUUCCUCCGCCCCCUCCGCGUGUACUUGGACCAGCUCUUCUUGCGCGCAUCCCUGCGCGCAUCCCCUAGGGGAAGCGCUGAGGUUCACUGGCGCGCCAAUGGUGCGCGUGGGGCGCAUUUGCGCGCAGCUGACGGGGCUGCAGUCUCAGGCUGCGCUCCCCCUAAUAGCGCGGGCCGAAGGGGGGGGUGAGGCGGGGGUUAGUGUUGCAGGUGGGAGGAGGUACAGUGGGCGAGGGGACGCGGAAGGGGAGGAGGGCGGAGGGGAAGAGGGGGAAGAAGAGGACGAAGCGGAAGAGGGGGAAGGGGAGGAGGGGGAAGGGGAAGAGGCGGAAGGGGAGGAGGGGGAAGGGGAAGAGGAGGAGGGGAGAGCAAGAGGGGAAAAAGGGGAGAAUGGAAGUAGAAAGAAGAGCAGGAAGCGGAGAGAAGAGAAAGAUAGGGCACGUGAGGGGGUGGGGGCGAGCAGCGGAGCGAGUCUGAGAAGAGGGGUGAGCUAUGAGGAGGCCGAGAGGUGGGUUGGGGAAGGGGCGGAGGUGAGGGGAGCGGAUGUGGGGAAGGGGGAGGAGGUGGGGGGAGGGGAGGAGGUGAAGGGAAGGGGUGGGGCGAGACGAGGCGUGGAGUGGCCGCACGUGCCGGUGCUGGUGAGGGAGGUGGUGGGGGCGUUCCAAGGCGUGCGCCUCAACACGUUCGUGGAUGGCACGCUGGGCUCUGGCGGGCAUACACUCGCUCUAGCCCGCCACCACCCUGAGCUGCACACAGUGGUGGGCUUGGACGUGGACCCCUCAGCGCAUGCCAUCGCUGCCGCCCGCCUGCACCCCUUGAUGCGCAUCGCCGCCCCGCCACGCAUGCUCGCCCUGCAGCAGCGCAUCGCUGCAUUGCCGGCUGGAGAAGCAGCAGCGACGGGUGGAGAGCGGAGUGAUGCUUGGGUUGCGACAGCACCGGAGAAGGGAAGAAAAUCAGAGGAGCGUGAGGGGGCAGAGGGGGGCGAGGGGGAAGCAGGGGUGCAGCUCUUGCAAGACAGGCAGAGCAGUGGGGUGGGGAGAGGUCGGGCGACAGUGGAUGGGCAGCAGGGAGCCCAAGCAACACUGCAUGCGGUGGAGGGGGAGAAAGCGACACUGCAUGCAGUGGAGGGUAAUUUCCGGCGAAUGGUGGAGGCGUGUGGCGCUGUGGGGGUGGUGCGAGGCUCUGUGGACGGCAUUCUGCUGGACGUUGGGGUCUCCUCCAUGCAGAUAGACAGGGCGGAGAGGGGCUUCAGCUUCCAGAGGGAUGGGCCUCUGGACAUGAGGAUGGACCCCAAGAGCCUCUUGACAGCUGAGGUGGCGGUCAAUGAUUGGCCGGAGGAGACCCUAGGGCACAUCCUAAGAGACCUUGGGGAGGAGCGGCGGUGGCGGCAGGUAGCCAGGCGGAUUGUGCAAGAGAGGGAUAAAGGGCGCAUCAGCAGCACGGCUCAGCUCGCUGCAGUCGUUGCUGGAGGGGCGUAUGGGCCCAGAAAGGGCGCAGCCUCUUCCUCCCGCCGUGGGGGCCCUGGCGCCCGCAUCCACCCGGCCACGCGCACCUUCCAGGCACUCCGCAUCGCAGUAAACGACGAGCUCGCCGCCCUGACGCUCGCCGUCCCUGCCGCCCUGUCGCUGCUGGCGCCGGGUGGGCGGCUGGCCGUCAUCUCCUUCCACUCGCUGGAGGACCGCAUCGUAAAACGAAGCUUCCUGGAUGCUGCUGCUGGCGUGCUGCCUGUGGCUGGUGCUGGUGUGGCUGUGUCUGAAGCAGCGCAGUGGGAUGGGGGCACAGGGCUCUCUGUGUGGCUGGGUAGCGGGCAGGGCGUGGGGGGGCAUGGUCUAGCUCAAGGGCUUCUGGCUGGGGGUGCAAGAGAAGCAGCAGCAGCAGCAGCGGCAGGAGCAGGAGCAGGAGCAGGGAGCAGUGACGUGGGGCAGCAAGGGCAGGCGAGGUACCGAGUUGUGACGAAGCGGCCGGUGGUGGCAGAUGAGGAUGAGUGGCGGGUGAACUCGCGAAGCAGGAGUGCCAAGCUGAGGGUGAUAGAGCGAGUGGCGUGAGGAGCAAGGUACUGGUGCUGUGUGGUGCAAGGCGCUGAAAGCAAGGCACAUCUUAAUGCAUCCUGUGGGUUGUGAUGAAGCGACCGGUGGUGGCAGAUGGCGAACUCACAAAGCAGAAGUACCAAGCUGAGGGUGAUAGUGCGAGUGGGUUGACAUCCUAGCGGUAGGAGGACCCGAAACCCCGAGGAUUUUAAUUUAACCAACCAACCCAGCAGACAUCAUUGGACCCUUCUGUCAACAAAUAUAAUUGUCUAUGCUAGGUACAGUAUAUUUGUUAUAGCCUUAGUUAGGUCAGUUCUUAGAGGGUACAUUCCCACCUUUGUAACCCGCAGCCUUCCUCCCUUAGUCAACUUUCUCUCGA